GAAAAGAGAGUUGGAUGUGGCUGAACCUGACUGGCCUGACCUCAACCCCAUAGAACACCUUUGGGUUGACAUCAUCAUUUGUGUGGUACUAAUUUAAGGAGACUGACUGUUCAUUCUUGUGACUUAGAUGAAGAUCAGAUGACAUUUUAUGACCAAUUUAUGCAGAAAUGUAAGAAAUUAAAAGGCUUUACAUACUUCAACAUUUUUUUUUUUUUUUUUAGAUUUUCUUCAAAGUCAGAAGUUUACAUAGAUUUUGUGUGUAUUUGGUACCAUCCAUCCAUCCAUUUUCCGAACCGCUUCUACUCACUCAGGUUACAGGCGUGCUGGCGCCAAUCCCAGAUGACGGUUGGCGAGAGGCGGGGUACACCCUGAACUGGUCGCCAGCCAAUCACAGGGCACAUAGAAACAACGAUUCACACUCACAUUCGCACCUAUGGACAAUUUAGAGUCUUCAAUCAACCUACCACGCAUGUUUUGGGGACGUGGGUGGAAACCGGAGUACCAGGAGAAAAGCCACGAAGGCACAAGGAGAACAUGCAAACCCCACACAGGCCAGGCCGGGAUUUGAACCCGCAACCUCACAACUGUGUGGCGGAUGUGCUAACCAGUCGCCCACCGUGCCGCCUAUUUGGUACCAUUGCCUUACAAAUGUAUGACUCGUGUAAAAUGCGUCUCACAAGUUGGCAGAAAUUGUCCCAUUCCUCCUGACCGAACUUUUGAGGUCUCCCCAUCAUUUUUUUUGUGAUGAGGGCCACUCUAAAACAUUGACUUUGUUACUCUGAAGCCACUUUGUCAGCGGUUUGGCAGUCUGCUUCGGGUCAUUGUCCAUUUGGAAGACCCAUUAGUGCCCAAGCGCUGACCGUUCCAGGCUGAAGUCUUGAGAUUUCUCAUCGGUAUUUCCACAUCAUGUUCUUUCCUCACGAUGCCAUCUAUUUGGUCAAGUGCACCAGUCCCGCCAAUAGCGAAACAACCCCACGACAACCCCCGUAUUUCACAGUUGGGAUGGUGUUCUCAGGCUUGCAAGCUUCCCUCUUUUUCUCUAAACGUAAUGAUGCUCAUUAUGGCCAAACAGUUCCAUUUGAGUUUGGCCAGACCGCAGGACAUGUCUCCAAAAAUCAAGGUCUUUGCCCCCAUCUGCAUUUGCAAAUCCUUAUCUGAUUUAUGAGUUUUCUUUUGGACUAAGGGCUACUUCCUGGCAGAGUGUCCUUUCAGCAUGUGUACGCACAGAACUGGUUUCACUGUGGAUCAGGACACACUCUUGACACCAGUGUCUUCACAAGGACUUUUGCUUUUAUUCUUGGCUUGGUGUCAAGUCCACAAUUCUCUUGCUGGUAUCUUGGCUGGUUUCUUUUGACAUUAUUCCCAUGAUGUUACACAAACAAGCUGUGUUUACAAAUAUACAUUCACAAGUGUGUGUCAAUAAACCUAUGAGAAGCUUACAAAGAUAUGACAUCCCAUCUGGGUUUGAAUUGUUUAAAAGACAGAGUAAUCUUCCUGAAUAUAAACUUCUGACUUUUAAGAUAGUCAAGAAAAUUGUCCCCAAAAAUCCUCCUCUCAUUAUUCUGGCAUGAAGCAAAUAGAAUGUUGGUAUUCCUAAUGGAACUGAAAAAGGAAAAGUGUCGUGUGAUUUCAUGUCAGAUAGUGAGCAAAAAAAAGCGUACAUCUUUUAAAACGUCAACCUGUGGUGUCAAGUGUGACGACGACACUCACCAUCUUCUUGAGGAGGAAGCUGAGCUUCUCUUUCCUGUCGCCGUUCUUCGUUUUCUUCAGCUGCUUUUGGAGCUCCUGAACGCCGCCGAAGAUGCAAGAACUCCGUCAUCCGUUCUACUCGUGCUACCAAAGCUGCAAAUGCUCAUAACAAUCCCGCUGAAGCGCCGUGUAGAGUGGGCGCCGUACCUGCGUCUCACGCUGUCUGAUGUUGUGGAUGAACUUGAAAGUUUUGUCAAAGAUGUCCGCCUUGUACUCCCCCGACAGGUCGUCGAAGCGAGGGUCUCUCAGUGUCUGGGGGGGAUACAUUUUUUUUUUUUUUUUUUAAAUCACGUUUAUACUUCCUGCCGCACUCGCCGACUUCUCAUCUCACCGCCUUCUUGACGGCGACCACCUGGCGAAGGAACGGCGCCGGUUUCUUGGCCGAGACCUCCGCGGGCCUGAGGAGGGACAAAAACCCAUCAAGACCGGACGAGACUUCACGCGAGCGGACGCCGCGUCACCUGUUCUUGUUGAGGCGUUUGCGGCCGGCGGCGCUCGGUGGCUGGCCGGCGGCGCCGUAAGCGACCUGCUUGUACGCUUUGGUGCCCACGCGGUUCUGCAGUGCCAGGAUGUCCUCGAACGGCACGACGGACAACUCUGGACACACAUCCCCAUCUUCCUCGUCAUCAUCAUCAUCAUCACCGCCAUCGCACACGCUGUAGCCGCCUGAGUACGACUAAAGUCCAUUCAUAUUAGGAUCUUAGUACUUUUUAAAAAGAAUACCUUGGCAAACAUCCACUUUUACUUGCUAAAACAAUCAACAUUUUGAUCCGGAAUUAUGGGAAUUGAAUCAAAAUCAAUUCAUUGUUGUGCAUUUUCUGCGCUCUAAAUUAGUAAUGUCUGACAGAAAUUCCCCCAAAUUUUGUUUAUCCAAUUCAUCGAAAAAAUAACUGGGAGAUUAAUUGAUUAUUAAAAUAAUCAUUUGUUGCAUCCCGACCGAAAAUGUAAUGAAAACCCUAUAUAUAGACACAAUAGAGUAAUUGCUGGUUUAUUGCGAGGGGUAGGUUCCGGAUCAUCUCUGUAAUAUGUGAAAUCCGCAAAGUAGUCAACACAUAUAUUUUGUAAUUAUUGAUAAAUACUCUAACCAUGAGGAUAAACGGUAUGGAAAAUGGAUGGAUAGAAAUUCUCAAAUUUUAGGAACCUCCCUAGAUUAUUGACGUCAUUUAUUUAGUUUCUCUUAUCUUGGAGUAAUGAUGUACGUAUGAUAUGUUGACUUUUUGACAUUUACGGAGAAAAACCCCGAAAGGAGCGUCUGGAGUUUUUGUUUCAGUGAGCAAGUUUUGGAAAUCACACACGAGAACGUCCUUGACCUUUUUUGAUGUCCUCUCUCGUCCACACCGCUGACUCUCCCUCCUCCUCCUCCUCUUCAGCUUCAUCUUCAUCUCCAUCAGAUCCUUCCUCACUCCCAUCACCUCCUGCAUGAUCAUGAUCAUCCUCCUCCUCCUCCUCCUCAUCAUCAUCCGAUCCUUGCUCAUCUUCCUCUUUGCCUUCAUCACUCUCAUCAGAGCCGAGCUGAUCUUCCUCAUCAUCGGCUCCUGUCUGCAUCAACACAAUCGAGUUGUUCUCCUCUUCAUCACCGCUUGUUUGUUUGCUGUUUGCGAACACCGUGUUGGUCUUGUGUGCCGUCUUCAUGUUUGGCCACUAACACAACACAUACAUGCAACGUUACAUGUUGAAUAAAUGUAUUAUUCGAACGCCGAAUAGAUUGUUGUGCGUUAAAGAGUCGACAACUAUCACUUAACUUAGUCAGUUAGUUUAGUCAUCAACACGUUUUACCUGAGAAGCUGGCAAAGCCUCCAAGAUGAACAUCCGCAAUGAACUUUGGUUUUCUCGCGUUUGGAGCACCGCACGUGUCCGCGGACACUUCCGGUCGCCGGUCGCCGCUUGAAAUCAGUUCCAAAGUGAAACCGACGAUGAAAUGGUCAACAUGUGGACGCGCAGCUCUGCUUUGAGCACACGGUCGCCUUUAGCGUUAGCAUUAGCCUCCGUUAGCUUCCUACAACGUGUGGCCGAUGACGUCACGUCCACUUGCUACUUCCGCCUUCGGAAUAAAGCAAAAAGAAUCAAACGUCAGCCAAACCUCACGCGGAUCUCGUCACACAAAUAAUUGUAAACAUUUACUGGUCGCCAUCGUCACAAAAAAUUCCGAACAUCAAAAAUCCGCAAAAGUGGUUUUACUAUUUCCGGUGAAUGGCACGUGCUUCAUCCUGGUUGCUAGGAGACCCCGAGAACAGCUGCAGCCCGUUUAAAUACGUCACAUCGGUAUCAAGCAGCACAGCCUUCAAAAUUAGAGCGAGAGAGAUGAGGGGCGGUCAAAAAGUAAUGAGCCCCAUUGAAUUUUCACGGUUUGCAGUUUAAAUACUUGUUUCAAGGUUUACCUUGACAGGAAAACAAAGUUUGGUUCGAACCUGUCUUCUUUUUGUCAGCCAUUUUGGAAUUGAGGUCAUUGCGGAUGCCCAUCGGAAGCAGAGAGUUGUGAUUGAAUUUCUUGCUUUGCAAGGUGAACAUCCAUCAAACAUUUUCAAAAGGUUGCGAAAUGCUUAUGGGCAAGCUGCAAUAGGCUCAGCAAAAAAAGCGGGUGUCCAGGCUCAAAGGCGGAGAACAAGCGCCUGCCUGCCUUGAGUGACCUCCGUGACAAGCAAAGGAGCUCGUGAAGUCAUCGCUUCCUUUGGCUGCGCAACCAGAAGGCGUCCCCCAUACGCACCUGAUCGGGCGCCUUUUUGGACCUUUAAAAUAAAUAAGGAGUUAGGGGCUGAGAAAAAAAACACAAAACGGAUGAAAAGCACACCCUCUGAAUUUUCGAGGCUGGCACGCAUGACCUCGUUUGUCGAUGGACAGUCGGUGUUGAGGAAAAUGGGAGAUUCAAUUGAAAAGUAGCCAUAAAGUCCCACAUUUCUUUGCAUAUUUUGCAGUUCUAGUGCAAGUGGAAAAUUGGGCUCGCUGCUUUUUGACUGCCGCCCAUAGAAAGAAAUGCUAGAAGAUGGAAAGACGACACGACAUUUCGUCACGCGAGCUGAUGAGAGAGCAUGUCGCCCGAGUCAUCUUAUUUUGAAAAUCUACAGCGGAUCCUGGUGUGGAUCAAGCCGGGUGAUGUUCGCGCCCGCUCAGGCUGGGUCUCAUUCUCGCUCUUGUAGCCUCGCCGAUGACUUCCUGUCGCCGAUACACGUUUGGAUGCUAACGCUGACAGGUCACGUGACACCGGGCGGACUUCACCGGGUCAUGUGACUCGCGGCGUGCGGACAACAUGAUGCCGAUGUUCGUGAGCGUGUUCCUUGGCGGCGGGCCGCAGAACUGCUGCGAGGUUCCCGUCACACCGAACACGCUUUGCAGGGACGUUCUUCGCUUGUGUAAGGAACCGGGUGAGAACCGCUGCUGCCUCACUGAGACCUGGAGGGGAGAUGAACGUGUCGUCGGGGAGGAGGAGAAGAUGAUGGAGGUGUUGCAGCGUUGGGGGCAGCACAGUGGCGAGGUGUCCUAUUUACUCAGGCGCCUGCCACACACAGGCGUGUGCAGGGCAGCCGACCAUACGAUGAGCAGAGGUCUCGUGACUGCAGAGGAUGACGAGGUGUUAGUGUCCCAUCGAGAGACAGCGCUGAGCGACCUAAAAGAUCUGGCGGCCCGACAACAGCGAAACAUCAACGACAAGGAACAUCUGCUCGCCUCCAAGGAGCAGCAUCUGUGGCGUUUGAGGCACGAGGACUGUUGGGCGACGUUGGAGGAGGAGCGCGUGCGACGUCUUCGGGAAAACGCCAUCAAGCAGGAGGCCAAACUGCGGCGUGUGCGGGCCCUCAAGGGUCAAGUGGAGCUCAAACGCAUCAGUAACAGCAAGCUGGCGUCGGAAUUGGAGCACACGACCGUCCUGUUCCAGCAGAAGCAGAAGGAGCUCAUGGCGGGCUCGGCCCACGUGGAGCAGCUAAGCGAGCAGCUGGAGGCGCUCAGGAGCGGCAUUACGGAAGGCGGAGGCUCUUCCUCCUCCUCGGCCGCCGAGCUGCAGCAGCUGCGUGGGGAGCUGCAGCUGAGGAAUCGACUGAACCAGGAGCAGAACUCGCGCUUGCAGCAGCAGAAGGACGCGCUGAGCAGGAAGAACCAGGAGGUGGCAACCAUGGAGCGACGCGUGGCCGAGCUGCGUCUGCGCCUUUGCAAGAAGAAAGCAGGGCUGAAGCACAAGGAGAACACACCUGUGCCUUCGGACAGCGAAGCCCCUCAGCACGCCACGUCCAAGGUGGCGGCGGUGGGUCCAUACAUCCAGUCACCCUGCCAGGGUCCGCCUUUCCCGCAGCGUCAAGAAGUGCCGCUGAAGUCCAUCUACCCGAACGGCACCGCCACCCUCCCAGUGGACAACUCCCCGAAGCCGCCACCACCGCAGCCUCCCCGGCCCCUCAAGCCUACCGCAGUUGUCAACAAAAUCUCUGAUUGGAGCAGCUCUAAUGGAGGCCCCGCCCACAUAGCCACACUGCCCCGCAUGACCAAACUGCUCUGCUCCACUUCAGAGCCCAACGCCUUCAAGGGAUCCAACGUCCCGCCCCCUGUUCCCACACGGAUCAAUCACACGACAGAGAAACUGCUCAGGGACCAGAAGGUAGCAGUGCUUCCAGGAAUCACUAAUUGCAAAACUUCCUGCACUGGAACCUUCCCUGUCAAGAUGCGCGCAUCAGGGGGUGCUCUUCACAGUUCCACCCUCCCACUGCCACACAAGCAGGAGAACCCCCCGGCCGCUGCCGUGCCACCCUAUACCCCUGAGCCUCUGGAACCCCUGGAGCCCCUGAAGCCCAUGGAGCCCCUGGACCCCUUGGUCCCACUUCUGCAGAAGCCUCAGACGGUGGCGGCGGCAUCCAUCUACUCCAUGUACACGCAGCGGAGCAUGCUGGGAAAGAGCUACCAGUCCAGCACGCUUCCACGCUGUCAAACGCGAGUGUACGGUAAACCAGCUCUCCAGGCCAGUGGGGGGCAGCAGUCUGACAGUUGUGCCAUCAACUCUGGAUCUCUUUUUUCUUCCAAGAGUGGUGUGGUUGACGCCAAUUGCUUGGGCAAAUGUGACGCAUCUGGGGCGGAGCCUGCCACAGAGCGAGCCACUCCUCGGCCCCUCAGCCCCACCAAGCUUCUCCCCUUCCUGACCAAGACCAACUCCCACAGGAACCACAGCGAUGCCGACCUGGAAGCCAUGCGGCGCCGCCACCACGCCCCACGGCCCCUGAAGAAACGCAGCUCCAUCACGGAGCCCGAAGGCCCCGCGGGACCCAAUAUCCAGAAGCUUCUCUACCAGAAGACCACCCUGGCUGCCAUGGAGACAAUCCCCAUGGAGACCAUUGAGACCAUCCCCGUGCACACCCGAGCCCCAGUCUCAGAGCACUUUGGGACAUCUGACAUGAGUGACAGAGUGGCUCUGAAGCAGUCACUCGAGAGCCCGAAAGAGCCGUCCGUGCCCCCACGUUCUCAUAUCCCAAUCUCCGCCUCCUGCCGCAGCCCACCAACCAAUCAAGAUGUCAAGGAGGAAGCAGUGUGGUCAGUCACAGGGGAUGAGUUCCCGCCCUACCCGCCUCCGCCUUACCCCCUACGAGGGGACGCUGCCCUCAACCUGAGGCCCCCUGAGGUGACGGGAGAGGGAACGAAGUCUAUUCUCCGUACGUCGGCCUCGGUUCCGGCGGACCGGAUCGUGCGGGUCAAAUUCAACCCCUUGGCCGUCUUGCUGGACGCGUCCCUGGAGGGCGAAUACGACCUGGUCCAGAGGGUCAUUUACGAAGUGGACGAUCCCAGCGGGGCCAACGACGAAGGCAUCACGGCCCUGCACAACGCCGUCUGCGCCGGGCAUGGCCACAUUGUACACUUCCUGGUACACUUUGGCAUCGACGUCAACGCUGCCGACAGCGACGGAUGGACGCCGCUGCACUGCGCCGCCUCGUGCAACAACGUCGAGGUGUGCAAGUUCCUGGUGGAGAGCGGCGCCGCCGCGCUGGCCGUGACGCACAGCGACGCGCAGACGGCAGCCGACAAAUGUGAAGAGAUGGAUGAUGGAUACGCUCAGUGCUCGCACUUCCUCUACGGCGUUCAGGAGAAGAUGGGCGUUAUGAACCGGGGCGAGGUCUACGGCCUUUGGGACUAUGAGGCUCAGAGUGAGGACGAGAUGUCCUUCGAGACAGGCGACUGCAUGACGGUGUUGCGUAAAGACGAGCAGGCCGACGGCGAGUGGUGGUGGGCGUGCUGCGGAGAUCGCCAGGGAUUCAUACCCAGAAACCUGCUCGGGCUCUACCCGAGGAUCCGCCCUCGACACAGAAGUCUGGCUUAGCCGAGAUGGACUCCUGAGGAACGCCAAGAACCACUCAAAUGACCAACAAGUCAAUGUCCGCUUUAUAUUUCUUCUUUUUUGAUGUGUCAACCACAAUAAAAGAUUUGGACACUUGGUUAGCAUUUUUAUUAUUUAUUGAUGCUGCUUCUGGAAAACAAACAUCAAACAUCUUAGUUUCAGGACCGAAUGAAAUCAUUUGCAAAACUACAAGUGACCUUUUCUAGCAUGCUAGUC